AUGUCUGAGCAAUUCGCAUAUCCACCCCCGCCUAGCCAAGGCUCCUUCGUUUAUCCCUCCAAUGCACCCACAACCUACUCCCCGCCCCAGGCUUCCCUAGGCUAUCCACCUCCAAAUUUCAGCUUCCCUCCGCCUCCCCAGCAGCCGGCGCCUGGGCAUGGCGACAACAAACCUCCCACGCCACCUAUGAACGAGAAAGCCGCCUAUGCUGCCGAAAUUACUGGGGCAUAUGGCCCCAAUGCAGCCAGUCGAAGCUCCUCGGAUGGACCUCCGUCCGGAACAAUCCUCACAAGAGCUCAUACGGACAUGUCACUUGGCAGCAAGCCGGGUCCGUUAGCAUCUGCUAACUUCAUCGGUGCCUCGUCCACUAACAUGGACGAUGUGGGAACCUUCAAUGGUGGCAGCUACCGGAUCAGCCACCGGGACACCAACAGUCUCCUGACCAUCCAGCUAGCGGUGGGAUGUCCAUUGCAGGCCCGGCCAGGUGUCAUGAUCGCAAUGUCUCCCUCAAUCUCUCUUAGGGGCUCCCUCUCCUUCGGCUGGAUGAAAGCCCUCGCAGGCGGCCAGAUUGCACGAUCGACAUAUACCGGGCCCGGCGAGCUUCUGCUCGCGCCGUCCGUCCUGGGUGAUAUUACCGCGCUACGGAUCGACGGCCAACAAGAGUGGACAGUCGGACGGGAUGCGUUCCUCGCUUCGACGAGUGGUGUCAAAACCGAGUACAAAACCCAGGGCAUCAUGAAGGGCGUGUUCUCCGGCGAGGGGUUCUUCGUCUACAGAAUAUUCGGCGCCGGCAUCCUUUGGAUGCAAAGCUUCGGCGCCAUUGUGAAGAAAGAGCUCGCCGAGGACGAAAUCUACUUCGUGAACAACGGCCAUCUGGUAGCAUGGAACUGCAAAUACAAAAUUGAGCGGGUCGCCUCCGGCGGCAUCAUCUCCAACUGGAGUGCCGGAGAGGGGCUGGCUUGUCGGUUCACCGGCCCUGGAUCGGUAUACAUGCAGACCCGCAAUGUGUCUUCGUUCCUCGCACAUAUCAGUGGGGGUAAAUCCAGCAGCUGA